CUGCCUACAGGCUACAGAGGUGAAAGUGAACGAUAUCGAUUUCAACCCCCAGUUCACGGCACGGAUGGUGCCCAAAAUUGAAUGGGCAGCUCUGGUGGGCGCGGCUGAGAGUUUGGGUCACCGCUCAGAUCUUCCCUCCGAGCUCAUCCCCGACUACGAGAAAAAUGAAGAUUUUCUUCGGAAAGUGCAUCAUGUCUUGAUGGAGGUGGAAGUGAUCGAAGGUACUCUAAAAUGUCCGGAUACCGGGCGGGAAUUUCCCAUUACUAAGGGUAUACCCAACAUGUUGCUAAGUGAAGAUGAGACAUGAGCUGUUCUGCUAUCAAAAAGGCACUAGAAGAAAGUCCAGAGGGAUGGAGGAGGAGAACUAUUGACUUCCUUGCAACAGUUUCUGCAUUAUUGUUGGUUUUGUGUUAUGUAAAUAAAUCUGAAUGCUUAAAUGCAG